CUUUGUUCUUUUGUGCGGUUUGUCUCAGAGUUGUGAGCGAGGGUUGCUGAGAAUGGCCAGGACCAAGCAGACCGCCCGUAAAUCCACCGGUGGCAAAGCUCCCCGUAAGCAGUUGGCCACUAAAGCUGCCCGGAAGAGCGCGCCUGCGACUGGGGGAGUGAAGAAGCCUCAUCGCUACCGGCCCGGCACUGUUGCUCUGCGAGAGAUCCGCCGCUACCAGAAAUCUACUGAGCUGCUCAUCCGCAAGUUGCCCUUCCAGCGCCUGGUCCGUGAAAUCGCCCAGGACUUCAAGACCGAUUUGCGCUUCCAGAGUUCGGCCGUUAUGGCCCUGCAGGAGGCCAGCGAAGCCUACUUGGUGGGGCUCUUUGAGGACACCAACCUGUGUGCUAUUCACGCCAAGAGAGUCACCAUCAUGCCCAAGGACAUCCAGUUAGCCCGGCGUAUCCGAGGCGAGAGAGCUUAAAAGCUUGAUUACACCCACCAGCUUUUGGCAACUAGAAAACUAUCACGAAAGAUCCAAAGGCUCUUUUAAGAGCCACCACAUUCACAUUCAAAAGGAGCUGCAACACAUUUGUCAUGUGUGCACCUUCAUUCGUCACACUUGCGAAUCAGGUUUAUGUAAAAAUAAAAAACGCGGAGGAAACCGCAUAAGAUUUCAA